AGGGAUGCAAGGAUGCGUGUACUACAGUGUAAAGGACUCACACAUCUAAGGACUAUAUGAGUUUUCUGAAAGGCCAAAACUAUAUCAGCACAUGCAGAUAAAGUCUUAAGAGGAGUGUGGAGAUGAUGAAUUAUUCAUCAGAAAUGGUUACGUGUUUGUCCUACUUUUUCAUUGUCUUCCUUACAGGCCAUGGAGCAAGCUUGAAAUGUACAGGAUCAUGUGGAAACCGUGGCCCUGACAUCCGAUUUCCUUUCCGGAUCAAGGACAAACAACCAGACCACUGUGGUUAUCCUGGGUUUGAUCUAUCCUGCUCAGAUGACAACAGCACAGUGCUGAGGCUGCCAACUGGAUUGAGUGUCCACAUCGAAAGAAUUGACUAUAGAUAUCAACUUAUUUAUGCAAGGGGUCCUCAAGGUUGCUUUCUAAGGCAACGUUUAAACUUCAGUUUCGGGGCUUCUCACUUCCAAAUUAAGAACGAUAGGCCGCAUGAUUGGACCUUGUUCAACUGUUCACUUUCUAAUGAGAGAAGGUCUCUGUACAUGGAUAAAAUCCCGUGUCUGAGUACUUUUAACCAUGAAGUUCAUUUCUUUAGAUCAAGUAUUUCCAUCAGUAACUCUGUUCUGUUAUCUUGUACUAAGAUGUACAACAUUUAUGGAAUUCCAUAUAGUUUGAUGCAGGAAGAAAAUUAUGUUCUUACUAUAUCUUGGUCCAAUCCAACUUGUGGAUCUUCUGAAACUGAAUGCUACAGCAAUCUUCCGCACACUAAAGGUAUGCAUUUCUAUCUUGAUGUGCGGCGAAAGCUACUGAUUACUGGUGUGAUUUUAGGAUUCUUCCUUUUUGCAAUAGCGAUUACUGCACUCUACCGCACCUGUAGCAACGAUAAAACACAAAGAGAAUAUCAAGCCAGGGUUGAAAUGUUUUUGGAUAAUUACAGAUCACUGAAUCCCACGAGGUACUCCUAUGCUGAUCUCAAGAGGAUCACAAAUCAAUUCAGUGAUGAAUUGGGCCAAGGAGCUUAUGGAACCGUGUUCAAAGGAAAGCUAACCAAUGAAAUUGCUGUAGCUGUGAAGCUCCUCAAUAAUUCCAUAGGAAAAGGGGAGGAAUUCAUCAAUGAAGUGGGAACAAUGGCAAGGAUCCACCAUGUCAAUGUUGUUCGCUUGAUCGCCUUCUGUGCUGAUGGAUUUAGACGAGCUCUAGUUUAUGAGUACUUGCCUAAUGAUUCUUUACAGAAGUUCAUAUCCUCAGCAGACUCAAGGAACCAUUUCCUUGGCUGGGAAAGGUUGAAUCGUGUUGCUCUAGGCAUAGCCAAGGGGAUUGAAUAUCUUCACCAGGGGUGUGAUCAAAGAAUCCUCCAUUUUGAUAUCAAACCACAGAAUAUCCUGCUUGACAAUGAAUUCAAUCCCAAAAUCGCCGAUUUUGGGAUGGCUAAGUUGUGUUCCAAGGAUAAAAGUGCUAUUUCCAUGACGACUGCUAGGGGGACUGUUGGCUACAUUGCCCCAGAAGUGUUCUCGAGGAACUUCGGGAAUGUUUCCUAUAAAUCAGACGUUUACAGCUUUGGGAUGUUGGUGUUGGAAAUGGUUGGAGGAAGGAAGAACGUCGAUGAUACAGCAGAAAAUGGCGACCAGAUAUACUUCCCGGAAUGGAUUUAUAAUCUCUUAGAAAAGGAAGAAGACCUGCGGUUUCAUAUCGAUGGAGAAGAAGAUGCUAGAAUUGCGAAGAAACUAGCAAUUGUGGGGCUAUGGUGCAUUCAGUGGAACCCAGCAGAGCGUCCUUCCAUGAAAACUGUUGUCCAAAUGCUUGAAGGGGAAGGAGAAAACUUAUCAAAGCCUCCUGAUCCUUUUAGCUCAUCUGUCCCUAAGAGAACAAGUGCAGGCCACAUGCCAGCGAGAGGCCUUCACCAAGAGUUGGCAGCCAUCUCAGAAAUAGAGUGAUCAGAAAUUUUACUCUUUUCAGUAAUAACAUAUUAGUGAGCAACAAUGAAGGAAAUUGUUUUGAGUUA